CAAACGCCUGUCUAGUCUCCCUUUAAGGGCACUACAUAGGGUAUGAUCACAACGGGAUUCUAUGUGUCAUGUAGUGAACUAUAUCACCAAUAGGGAGAUGUUUGGAAUGUAGCCUGCAUCAGCUAGCGGUACCAGGGCUAGCUUAUACGGAGAUGUUCAAUAGCUUUAUCUGUCUAGGGAUCUGUUACAUAGGCGAACUUUUUAAACCAGGGAGUAAUUUAGAGGUCUGUGUAUAAUUAGGUUAACAUGUCCACUGGCUUUCAAGACUAGCCAGCGAAGUGGUUAAUAACGUGUCUGUAGAAACUGGAUGAACCUGAGGGAUGCAGAGACGGGGAAAGUUCUCUGGCAGGGAACUGAAGAUCUCUCUGUUCCUGGUGUAGAACAUGAAGCUCGGGUACCCAAAAAGAUCCUAAAAUGUAAAGCUGUCUCCAGAGAGCUUAAUUUCUCCUCAUCAGAAAAGCUGGAAAAGUUUCGCCUGGAGCAGAAGGUUCUCUUCAAAGGCCAGUGUCUAGAAGAGUGGUUCUUUGAAUUUGGCUUUGUGAUCCCCAAUUCCACAAACACAUGGCAGUCUUUGAUAGAGGCAGCACCCGAGUCACAGAUGAUGCCUGCUAACGUGUUAACUGGAAAUGUUGUCAUAGAGACGAAAUUCUACGACGACGAGCUUCACGUCAGCACCUCUCGAGUACGGCUUUUCUAUGUCUGAGAUGUGAAGCCUAUCCUUUUUUACAUUCUGUCAUUCAGAAGGAUGCACACAUCACUUUUUUUUUUUAUGGCCAGACGAAACUCUGCUUAAUGAGUAUUUCCCUGGCACCAUGACAACGACACUAAAGGAAACAAGUUGAGCAGACUAAAUUUCAGGUUAAACAGUCACACCAGUUUAAUGAAAAGACUUGGAAGCAAGGGCAGUGAUGCUCAUCUCAACCUGACCAUGUAAAUUGUUUUAUUUGUACAUUUUUUUCCCUCUCUUAUCUGUUUUUUUAAAUCCUGCAUUGUAUACUGCUUCCUUGCAUUCUGUUUUUAAAUAUUUUCUGCCAGUUUCUGUGGUUGCUAAUAUCAUUUUUUUUAACAAAAUUGUAAGAUAGGCAGUGUUUAAAUACAUGAUGUAAUUAUGGGUUUAAAAUUUGAUAUCCUUGAGUGAUGCCUUUUCCCUUGAACUCUGCUGUUUUGUUUUCUUUUUAAAUAGGUGUAUACCUAUAAGACUAUCAGUACCAGCUGUAUUAGCUCUUCCACUUUUGGGGGGGGGAUAAAUCUGUGUACAAGCAGUGGUUUUGUUGAAGCUACUCUGUGUAACCUGGCCUGUUUGAUUUCUUAAAUUAAAUCUUUCUUGCCCAGGAUGCUCAGAAAGGUUAUCCAUCAUAACAAAUUCUCACCAUUUAUGUCUGUUUGACCUUCUUUAUUAAAAGCAAUGAAAUGUUGUUGUA